AUGAGCAGUGGGGAUAUUAGCAGUGAGGAUAUGAGCAGAGGGGAUAUGAGCAGUGAGGAUAUGAGCAGUGGGGAUAUGAGCAGUGGGGAUAUGAGCAGUGGGGAUAUGAGCAGUGGGGAUAUGAGCAGUGGGGAUAUGAGCAGUGAGGAUAUGAGCAGUGGGGAUAUGAGCAGUGGGGAUAUGAGCAGUGGGGAUAUGAGCAGUGAGGAUAUGCGCAGUGGGGAUAUGAGCAGUGGGGAUAUGAGCAGUGGGGAUAUGAGCAGUGGGGAUAUGAGCAGUGGGGAUAUGAGCAGUGAGGAUAUGAGCAGUGAGGAUAUGAGCAGUGGGGAUAUGAGCAGUGGGGAUAUGAGCAGUGGGGAUAUGAGCAGUGGGGAUAUGCGCAGUGGGGAUAUGAGCAGUGGGGAUAUGAGCAGUGGGGAUAUGAGCAGUGGGGAUAUGAGCAGUGGGGAUAUGAGCAGUGGGGAUAUGAGCAGUGAGGAUAUGAGCAGUGGGGAUAUGAGCAGUGGGGAUAUGAGCAGUGGGGAUAUGAGCAGUGGGGAUAUGAGCAGUGGGGAUAUGAGCAGUGAGGAUAUGAGCAGUGGGGAUAUGAGCAGUGGGGAUAUGAGCAGUGGGGAUAUGAGCAGUGGGGAUAUGAGCAGUGGGGAUAUGAGCAGUGAGGAUUUGAGCAGUGAGGAUAUGAGCAGUGGGGAUAUGAGUAGUGGGGAUAUGACCAGUGGGGAUAUGAGCAGUGGGGAUAUGCGCAGUGGGGAUAUGAGCAGUGGGGAUAUGAGCAGUGGGGAUAUGAGCAGUGAGGAUAUGAGCAGUGGGGAUAUGAGCAGUGAGGAUAUGAGCAGUGGGGAUAUGAGCAGUGGGGAUAUGAGCAGUGGGGAUAUGAGCAGUGGGGAUAUGAGCAGUGGGGAUAUGAGCAGUGGGGAUAUGAGCAGUGAGGAUAUGAGCAGUGGGGAUAUGAGCAGUGAGGAUAUGAGCAGUGGGGAUAUGAGCAGUGGGGAUAUGAGCAGUGGGGAUAUGAGCAGUGGGGAUAUGAGCAGUGGGGAUAUGAGCAGUGAGAAUUUGAGCAGUGAGGAUAUGAGCAGUGGGGAUAUGAGCAGUGGGGAUAUGAGCAAUGGGGAUAUGAGCAGUGAGGAUAUGAGCAGUGGGGAUAUGAGCAGUGGGGAUAUGAGCAGUGGGGAUAUGAGCAGUGGGGAUAUGAGCAGUGAGGAUAUGAGCAGUGGGGAUAUGAGCAGUGGGGAUAUGAGCAGUGGGGAUAUGAGCAGUGGGGAUAUGAGCAGUGGGGAUAUGAGCAGUGGGGAUAUGAGCAGUGAGGAUUUGAGCAGUGAGGAUAUGAGCAGUGGGGAUAUGAGCAGUGGGGAUAUGAGCAGUGGGGAUAUGAGCAGUGAGGAUAUGAGCAGUGGGGAUAUGAGCAGUGGGGAUAUGAGCAGUGGGGAUAUGAGCAGUGGGGAUAUGAACAGUGAGGAUAUGAGCAGUGGGGAUAUGAGCAGUGGGGAUAUGAGCAGUGAGGAUAUGAGCAGUGGGGAUAUGAGAAGUGAGGAUAUGAGCAGUGGGGAUAUGAGCAGUGGGGAUAUGAGCAGUGGGGAUAUGAGUAGUGGGGAUAUGAGCAGUGGGGAUAUGAGCAGUGAGGAUUUGAGCAGUGAGGAUAUGAGCAGUGGGGGUAUGAGCAGUGGGGAUAUGAGCAGUGGGGAUAUGAGCAGUGAGGAUAUGAGCAGUGGGGAUAUGAGCAGUGGGGAUAUGAGCAGUGGGGAUAUGAGCAGUGGGGAUAUGAGCAGUGAGGAUAUGAGCAGUGGGGAUAUGAGCAGUGGGGAUAUGAGCAGUGGGGAUAUGAGCAGUGGGGAUAUGAGCAGUGGGGAUAUGCGCAGUGAGGAUAUGAGCAGUGGGGAUAUGAGCAGUGAGGAUAUGAGCAGUGGGGAUAUGAGCAGUGGGGAUAUGAGCAGUGGGGAUAUGAGCAGUGGGGAUAUGAGCAGUGGGGAUAUGAGCAAUGAGGAUUUGAGCAGUGAGGAUAUGAGCAGUGGGGAUAUGAGCACUGGGGAUAUGAGCAGUGGGGAUAUGAGCAGUGAGGAUAUGAGCAGUGGGGAUAUGAGCAGUGGGGAUAUGAGCAGUGGGGAUAUGAGCAGUGGGGAUAUAAGCAGUGGGGAUAUGAGCAGUGAGGAUUUGAGCAGUGAGGAUAUGAGCAGUGGGGAUAUGAGCAGUGAGGAUAUGAGCAGUGGGGAUAUGAGCAGUGAGGAUAUGAGCAAUGACAAGUUCUCCUGGCAACGAUCACACAAAGCACCACCAUCAAAGCAGAAAGGGUAUGGGGAGGACGGUUCAAAGAUGUAA